UUCAAAUGUCUCAGCAGAUUCAGAAAACCACUGCAAAUGGCAAAGAGAUGCUGUCCAAUCCAAGGCUUCUAUCUGUUCAGGAGGCAUCAAAUGUAGUGAUGAACCAGAACGUGACACUCUCCUGCCACUUGGACUCUGGAUCUCCACCUGUCAGAUACACAUUGUUCAGACAAAAUCAGAAGGUAUCCACGUUAAAUAGGACAGACUUGACCCCUGGUUUGUUUAACUUGACUAUCAACUCUGCCAGUGACGUGGGUGAAUACAAAUGCAAAGCUCAGAAUAACAUCUCCAGAGACGGAAAAUACAGCAACGGUCUCAACUUCACCCUUACAGAACCAAUUUCCCAGCCAGUGCUGAGCUCACCCACCUCUCAAGCAAAGAGAGGCCAGAACGUGACCCUGUCUUGUUUCUCGGAGAAUGGCUCUCUUCCAAUCACCUACAUAUUCUUCAAAGGAAGGCAAAGCAUCAGGCCCCCAGUGAAGAUGCAGAAGAGGGAAGCAGCUGUGAUUUUUCUAUUUAUCAAUUCCUCUAGUGACUUCGGAACCUAUAAAUGCAGAGCUGAAAAUAGCUUUUCCAAUAAUACAAAAUACAGCAACAGUUUCAACUUUACAUUAGCAGAAGAGAGAAACCAUUCUCAACACUUGAUCAUUUGUCUUGGGCUGAUCUUGCCACUAUUUGUAAUAGGAUUUGCUCUGGCAAUUCUGUUUUUCAUAAUUCCUUCAUAUAAAGCAAAAAAACUCAAGUCUGCUAGGCCUUCAACCAGACUUACUUCAACAACGAACGCAGAAGAGUCUGAAAACUACGUCAUAUACACAGAGAUUGAGCCUGUUAAACCAGAAGAAGAAUAUGUCAACUUUUCUGUUACUAGAAGAGAAGAUGAAAAAGAGAAGAGGGAAUGUACUACAGUCUAUACGAAGGUCCUCAUCAGAGACUGAGUGCAAGGUAAGAUCUCUUUUGUGAUUAACUUAAUCACAUAUUUUAAAAGAAUCUUUCAGUCCUCAGAUGUGGCAAGUACCACCAAGUCUGCACAGAAAGAGAUGAUGUUUAGAUGCUAG